GCUGAAACUCGACGCGCGGUAUGGGCAAUCUACAAUAAUUGUCUAAAACCUUCCGAAACAGUUUGUGAUAGCAACACGACUACGCUUAUUAACAAGAAAUUAACUGUGUACACUUCGUACAUGUAAUAAAGUAAUCUGAGAUUCGCUACGUUUAAGUUUAUUAAUGCAUUUUGUCAAACAGCUGAUCGCCAGAUACUGCAAUUCCAUUAAAUUGAUAGUAGUGAAAGCACAACUAUACACGAUAAUAAGAUAAAAAUAUCGAUUAAAUCAAUUAUUAUUUAUACGUAAAAUUAUUUUAGUUUUUAUUUUUUAUAUAAAAAUUAUUCAUAAAAACAGUGUUCAGGUGUAAUUCAGUGUUGUAAAAUUUUUUACUCGAUAACAUACCUGCUUGUUAUCAAUAUAAAUAUUAUUUUUAUCGCUGAAGAUCAAAAACACAGCACUACUUUGCAAAAUUUGUAUACAACACAUCUGUUUUUGCCGCUACUUCAUUGAGUUCAGUUGCACUUUUCAUGUGCUCGGUUUAAAUCAUUGUAUAGAGGUUUAAAUAUAUUUAAGAAAUAUUGAAUUUAACCCGGAAAAAUGAAUUUUCAACACUUUUCGAUGGUGCCACCACCGCCGCCAGAUAUUGAUCAAGCAAACCCUGCGCCGCCACUCCCCGUGGGUAUUCCACCAGGUGCUCCUCCGCCGCCACCCCCAGAGCCACCAACAUCAGAACCACAUCAAUCAGGACAUCCAGCAAUGAUGAAUUGUAUUAAUUAUUCAAAUGACACUUUACCGCCACCGAUGCCACAAGUAUCUGGUGCACACAGUUUUAAUCCAUAUCCACCAAAUUUUUAUCAACAUCAAAAUCCUUAUAACGACGAAAGUACGUCGUAUUAUCCACAUUAUCGAGCAACAAACUCUUAUGCAGAUGCAUAUGGUAAUGAAGGAGUAUAUAAUGUACCGCCACCGAGAAAAACGUCCUAUACUCCAUAUGAGUCGACAUAUAAUGAAUAUAAUUAUCACAAACCAAAAUAUGACGGAAACGCACAUCGACCUUACAGGGGUGGCAGAGAUUUCACGCCAAAUCGAGGACAUUACAAACCAACUGCACCAAACCACAUUCGACCAUUUCCAUACGAGCACAACAAACCAAUGCCAAGUCGUGUUCCUUAUUCUGCGCGUGGAAAUUACCGCAAUACAUCGACGGCACCGCCGAACAAUCGUCCACAAUUUGCACCUUCGACGUCUCAGCGAGGUUACGGCUAUUCGAAAUAUGCAGAAUCGUCUAGACCCCAUACUCAACGCGAGAGAAAGUAUGAAGCCCGCAGCGAUGCCAAGGAACCGAAACCUGAAACUGAAAGAGACAAACUGCUGAAGAGUUGGAGAUCGAAUUACUGUGAGACCUCCGAAGACAUUGCCGAAAAAUUGGCAGAAUUGGUUGGACAAGAUGAAGACACCCGUGCCGUAUGGAUACGUUCAUCGCCAGCAGAUCCCUAUUAUCGGCGUACAAAUGUACCAAAUGAAGUGCUCGCCACAAGUAGAUUAGAAGCGUUGUGUAAUUUAUUCGAUGAAAAAUUAAUACAACGAUCUGAACGUGUACGCAAAACAUUACCACCCUACGAAGCGCCAACACGAAAGUCGCGACGCCGCUUGUGUAAACACAAAUCUGAAGCUUGCUCAUCGUCGUCAGAAGAUUCAUCAGAUGAUGAGUUGAAAAUUGAGCAAGAUUGUUGUAUGGAGGAACUUUCACGUAAGGUGCAGCAUCCCUAUCGCGUACAUGCCGAUUUGUGGCAUAAUGAUUCGGGGGAAAUGAAUGACGGACCGCUCUGUCGUUGUUCGGCGAAAUCACGACGCAUUGGCAUACGACACGGCAUUUAUCCCGGUGAAACGGGUUACAAGAAAUGUUUACCGACUUCAAAUAACGCAUCGCAACUUUAUCACUAUCGCAUUACUAUUUCGCCACCCACAAAUUUUCUCACCAAAACGCCAACAAUAAUAAAGCAUGACGAGCAUGAGUUUAUCUUCGAAGGAUUUUCGAUGUUGACACAUGCACCGCUUGCCGAACUGCCAACAUGUAAAGUUAUACGCUUCAACAUCGAAUAUACCAUUUUGUAUGUCGCGGAGAAAAUGCCGGAAAAUUUCACCAUAAGAGAAUUGGAUUUAUUCAAUAAAUACCUCUUCCACGAAUUGCUCGAGUUGGUGGAUUUCUCACUUUACCCUGACAGCAUGUCCAGCGCCGAAACAUGCCCCGCCUUCCAUUUCUUACCACGCUUCGUUAGAGACCUACCCGACAAUGGUAAAGAAGUAUUGGCUACAAGUGAAGUUCUACGCUACUUACUGGACAGCGCUGCACCGCUUGUGGAACGCGAUCAAUUGCGAUGCCUAAACGAUAUCAGCCAACAUGAUUGGCAGGACUAUGUUGAUUUCAUAAAAGGAAUGUUGGUGACAAAACCCGGUUACAAACCAUGCUCCGUGCGCGUAGAUCAGCUGGAUCGUAAUGUUUCUGAUUUACCCGAAUGCUUUGAAGCCGAAGAAAAUGUAACACAUCCGGCCAUUGUGCAUUUCGGUAUACGUCCACCGCAGUUGAGUUAUGCCGGUAAUCCGGAGUAUCAGAAGGCGUGGCGUGAAUAUGUGAAAUAUCGCCAUCUAAUGGCCAACAUGUCGAAGCCAUCGUUUGCCGACAAGCGUAAGUUGGAAGAAAAGGAGGCGCGUUUACAGGAAAUGCGCACGCAAGGACGCAUGAAGCGCAACAUCACAGUGGCGGUCAGUUCGAAGGGUUACUACCGCACCGGCAUCAUGUGUGAUAUUGUGCAGCAUGCGUUGCUUAUACCAGUGCUCACUGGGCACUUGCGUUUUCAUCGCUCGCUCGAUCUUUUGGAGAAGAGUAUUGGUUAUAGUUUCAAAAAUCGUUAUUUAUUGCAACUGGCGUUGACGCAUCCCUCGUAUAAAGAGAAUUAUGGCACAAACCCCGAUCAUGCGCGCAACUCACUGACGAACUGCGGCAUACGACAGCCCGAAUAUGGUGAUCGUAAAAUACAUUACUUGAAUACACGUAAGCGUGGCAUAAAUACGCUCAUAAAUAUAAUGUCGCGCUUUGGCAAGGAGUACGAGACCAUGUCGAAUAUAACACACAAUGAACGUUUGGAGUUCUUGGGCGAUGCCGUUGUAGAGUUCUUAAGUUCAAUACACUUGUUUUUCAUGUUUCCGGAUUUGGAAGAAGGCGGUCUGGCCACUUAUCGUGCGGCCAUUGUGCAGAAUCAACAUUUGGCUUUGCUUGCAAAGAAGCUGCACUUGGAGGAGUACAUGCUGUAUGCGCAUGGCUCGGAUUUAUGUCACGAAUUGGAGUUGCGUCAUGCAAUGGCGAACUGUUUUGAGGCUUUAAUGGGCGCGCUGCUACUCGAUGGUGGCAUAUCGAUAGCCGAUGAGGUCUUUAUGAAUGCGCUUUAUAUGGAAAACGAACAACUAAAAGAGAUUUGGAAGAAUUAUCCGGAACAUCCGUUGCAAGAGCAAGAACCGUUAGGCGAUCGCGGUUGCAUUUCCUCGUAUCCGGUGCUGCAAGAAUUAACCAAAUUCGAAGAAUCCAUUGGUAUACAGUUCAAACACAUACGUCUAUUAGCACGCGCUUUCACCGAUCGUUCCAUCGGUUUUACUCACCUCACUUUGGGUUCGAAUCAACGUUUGGAAUUCUUGGGCGAUACUGUGUUGCAAUUGAUUUGCUCUGAAUAUCUUUAUCGCCAUUUUCCCGAACAUCAUGAAGGUCACCUGUCACUGUUGCGUUCGUCGCUCGUUAACAAUCGUACACAAGCAGUGGUUUGUGAUGAUCUCGGCAUGACCAAAUAUGCGGUUUACUCAAAUCCGAAGGUGGAGCUAAAGACCAAAGAUCGCGCUGAUUUGUUGGAGGCAUUCUUGGGUGCGCUGUAUGUGGAUAAAGGUUUGCUGUAUUGUGAGCAAUUCUGCCAUGUCUGUCUAUUUCCACGUUUGCAAAUAUUUAUUAUGAAUCAAGACUGGAAUGAUCCUAAAUCAAAGUUGCAACAAUGUUGCUUGACAUUGCGCACAAUGGAGGGUGGCGAACCCGAUAUACCAAUUUACAAGGUGAUCGAAUCCAUUGGACCCACCAAUACACGCGUGUAUACGGUAGCAGUUUACUUCCGCUCUAAACGUUUGGCCACCGCGACUGGCUCAUCGAUUCAGCAGGCUGAAAUGAAUGCCGCCAAACAGGCUUUGGAGAAUUCACGUGAUUUAUUCCCACAAUUGGAUCAUCAGAAGCGUGUCAUAGCCAAGAGUAUUAAAAAACAAAAGGGUGGCGAACUCAAAACGGAAUUCGAAGAGACUUUGACGGAGCAAACGAAGCCGAAAAGCACAAACUCCAUGGAAGACGAGUCACAUUUGCCCAAACAAUAUCGUGUACGUGAAGACAUUUCCAGUGACGAACUUCCAGAGGACGACAGUGAUAUGGAGGACCGACAGGAAUCAGCCAACAGCAGUAAAGCUAAUUCCAGUAAUAGCAGUGACAGCACCACCAGUUCAGACGAAGAGCAGUUGGAAAAAUCUCACACACCAAAAAAGCGCAGUAGAAAGCGAGCUAAAAAAACCGCUGCAACUCCAAACAGUGCAAAUUCGAAUUCUCCCAAAAGAUCAAAUCUUGAAAUGGACGAACCGAAAAGCGCGAAUAAAAGAAACUGCGAAGAUGUCAGCAGUGAUGAGUGCUUUGAAGAAAAUUUAAACGCCACGGCGCCGGGAACGUGCGAAAAUACGAAGACCGCAUUAAAUUUGAUACCGCAUGAUCUCAAAGAUUUGGUGGAAGAUGUGUCGUCGAAUUCGGAUAUUGAGUCAGGGGAGCUUAGUAGUUAAAUGUUUGUAUAUUAAUACAUACAUAUGUAUUUGAGUCGUUGCGUCACUAUGAUAUGGUGGGAUGUGUGACUGUAUUAAAAUAUGAAAAGUUCUAGGAAAAGUUUUUUCUAGGUGCAAUUGCUUCUUAGCAGCCGUGGUUUUACUUUCUAAUUUGAACUUUUUAUUUCUAAAAAAAAGCUUUUCUUAAUCGCUUAAAACUUUGUUGAAUUCAAAAAAAUAGCGGUUUAAGAGAUGGUGCACGUCCUAAAUACGAUAAUCUCGGUCAUCGACAUUUAGUUAAGCUUAUUAUUAGUAUUAUUUUAUAAUUAAGUUUAAUAACUGUGGUUAAAUAUAAUAGAAAUACAUGUUCCAGUAAAUACUGAAAAAAUGUAAUCGUUUUGCUAUAAUUUUCUUCUUCUUACUACUUAAAAACAUUAGUUUUUAGGUUAUAUAUGACAUAACCUAACUUUAAACAGUAAAAUAGAGCAGCUUUAACUUUCUAU